AUGGAGGAGGAGGCAGCUGUCGCGGUUGGCCCUGCCGGUCUACCUCAUAACAGUUCGCGAUGGCGUGCUGCACGAGGAAAACGAGCCGCUGGAGGCGCUGGAGAGGCUAGUUGGGCUAGUAGCGUGAUCAAUCUGGUCAAUACGAUCAUCGGCGCCGGUGUAUUAGCGAUGCCACUUGCAAUCUCGCAUAUGGGAAUCGUCUUGGGAGUCCUCGUGAUUUUAUGGUCUGGAGUCACAGCGGGAUUCGGUCUCUACCUGCAGUCUCGAUGCGCACAGUAUCUCGAUCGAGGCAGCGCUUCAUUCUUUGCGCUAUCACAAUUGACAUACCCCAAUGCCGCCGUCGUCUUUGACGCGGCCAUUGCGAUCAAAUGUUUCGGAGUCGGCGUGAGCUACCUGAUCAUCAUCGGUGAUCUCAUGCCGGGAGUCGUCCAAGGCUUUGUGGGAGGCGAACCAGUUUAUGACUUCCUUAUUGACCGUCACUUCUGGGUAACGGCUUUCAUGUUGAUUGUGAUACCUCUUUCCUACUUGCGUCGAUUAGACUCCUUAAAGUACACCAGUAUUGCGGCCUUGGUCUCUAUGGCAUACUUGGUCGUCUUGGUCGUUUACCAUUUUGUGAAGGGCGAUACCAUGGCAGAGCGAGGCCCUGUUCGCGUGAUCCACUGGGCUGGCCCGGUUGCGACCUUAAGCAGCCUUCCGGUUAUCGUUUUCGCAUUUACGUGCCAUCAAAACAUGUUCUCUAUUCUCAAUGAAAUCAAGAAUAACAGCCAUUUCCGAACUACUGGGGUUGUCCUUGCCAGCAUUGGCAGCGCUGCUGCCACCUACAUUCUAGUCGCCAUCACAGGCUACCUCUCUUUCGGCAACAAAGUCGGUGGCAACAUCGUUGGCAUGUAUCCACCUGGAGUUGCUGCCACAAUCGGCCGUGCUGCGAUUGUCAUGCUCGUUGUCUUCUCCUACCCGCUUCAAUGCCACCCAUGUCGAGCCUCCGUGGACGCCGUUUUGAAAUGGCGCCCGAGGUCACAGCCCAGCGGCACCGAAGCCUCUCCACACAGGCAUCCUCUGCUUGGCCCGCGCGGCAAUCGCAUACCGGAGCCGAUGAGUGAUCUUCGUUUCUCAGUCAUCACUACUACUAUUCUCAUUCUGAGCUACAUCGUCGCCAUGACGGUAUCGUCACUCGAAGCUGUCCUUGCAUACGUCGGUAGCACCGGCAGCACGAGUAUCAGCUUCAUUCUCCCAGGCCUGUUCUACUACAAGAUCUCCUCGCCAGACUCGCCCGCCCACCGUGGCCUACUGAAGGAGGACGACGAAGGAGUUGACGACCUGUCCGACGAGGACGAUGACGCCGACGAGGAUGGCGAGGGCUCCCUGGCUCGCUCGUUGACUGAAAGUGGCCUCCUGCUCCGCAACACCCGCCACUGGCGCAGGGCCCUCCUACGACGUCUUAGCCUGGGUCUCGCUCUGUACGGCAUUGUGGUUAUGGUCGUGUGCUUGACCACGAACACUUUCUUCAUCGCAUCGCAUUGA